UCUAUAAAACCAUUCGCUCUUCUUCUUCUUCACCCUCUUUCUCUUUCUCUGCGUGCGUGCCUGCACAUAUCAAAUAUCAGUUCAAGUAUUAAAGAGGCUCAUCCAUAAAAUCUACUCUCUCAUCCGUGAGAAUGGUUUCUGCGGAGAAAGAUUCCAAUGAAACAACCAAUACUCAUCCAACCAUCAUCGGGAAGUCCAUGCGAACGGUGCGCUCCAAACUAUUCCAACACGACCGCGCUGCGUGCGUCUCCGACAACUUAACCGGUUCGCUAAUGGAGCUCGCCUCGCGAAACAACAAAUCCGUUAAAUCUUCCAUUACGGAGGAGCAACUCCUCGAGCUCUCUCAAGCUCUGAGCGAUUUCUCCGCCUGUAGUAGCGAUAUCUCCGGCGAGCUCCAGAGGCUCGCCACCGUUUCCUCCUCCCAACCUCCUCCUGCUGCUCCUCACGUCGACGGCCAACCCCAACCUGAGCACGAGCCCUGCCUAGGGUUUCUCCAGAGGGAGAGCUUCUCCACCGAGAUCAUAGAGAGCAUCUCGCCGGAGGAUCUUCAGCCGACGGUCAAGAUCUGCGUCGACGGACUGCACUCGCCGUCUGUGGCCGUGAAGCGAUCGGCGGCGGCCAAGCUGAGGCUGUUGGCGAAGAACCGAGCCGACAACCGCGCUCUGAUCGGCGAGUCCGGCGCGGUGGCUGCUCUGGUUCCGCUGCUCCGGUGCAGCGAUCCGUGGACGCAAGAACACGCGGUGACGGCGUUGCUGAACCUGUCUCUUCUGGAAGAGAACAAGGCGCUUAUAACGAAUGCCGGUGCGGUGAAGGCGCUGAUUUACGUGCUGAAAACAGGCACAGAGACUUCAAAGCAGAACGCGGCGUGCGCGCUAAUGAGUUUGGCGUUGGUGGAGGAGAACAAGAGCUCAAUCGGGGCUUGCGGGGCAAUACCGCCGCUGGUAGCGCUGCUGCUGAGUGGGUCCCAGAGAGGGAAGAAGGACGCGCUGACGACGCUGUACAAGCUGUGUUCGGUGAGGCAGAACAAGGAGAGGGCGGUGAGUGCCGGGGCGGUGAGGCCGCUGGUGGAGCUGGUGGCGGAGGAGGGGAGCGGAAUGGCGGAGAAGGCGAUGGUGGUGCUGAACAGCUUGGCGGGCAUUGAGGAGGGGAAGGAGGCCAUUGUGGAAGAAGGUGGGAUUGGUGCGCUUCUGGAGGCGAUUGAGGAUGGGUCGGUGAAGGGGAAGGAGUUCGCUGUUUUGACUCUUGUUCAGCUCUGUGCUCACAGCGUUGCCAACAGAGCCUUGCUUGUCAGGGAGGGAGGGAUUCCGCCUCUCGUUGCUCUUUCCCAGAACGCCUCUGUUCGAGCUAAGCUCAAGGCCGAGACACUCCUUGGAUAUUUGAGAGAAUCAAGACAUGAAGCAUCAUGUUCAAGUCCUUAGAUAAGUAAUUUAUACUUAACUAGGUAAUUAUAUAAUGUAAUUGGUUGUUGUACAUAUAGUGUUUUUUUGGUUUGUAACUUUGUACAGUGUGGAUUUUUUAAAUUAGAAGCUAGCCAGCACAGCUGUAGUCUGACCCUUGAUGAUUAGUCUUUUUAAGCUAGGUUCAGCGAUUUUGCUUUUCCUUGUUCAAUGUGUUAUGUUUCCAGGAGUUGUGUUGUAGUGUUAGUUUCUGUUUAUUUGUCUUUUUUUUUUUUUUUCUUUCUCUUAAUCUAUUUGUUUUGAAAACUUCCAGUUUUUGUAGAAAAGCCUUGCUGAGUUUUUUGUGGUUUUGCCUCUCUUGUAGUGACUGUGAAAGUAGAGGUUGUACUGCACUACCACUCGGAAUAUGUUAGGUCAUAAUUUUUUAUUUUGGUCUUGGAAUUUUGAUUUGGUUACUUUGAUACUGUUAAAUGUAUUGCAUUGGCCAUAGGCCGUUAAACCA